CGGUAAUGAAAACAUCACUGCCGCUAUUAGGGUUAAAGAGGCCGAACAUUCGGUGACAGCGGGACUCAAAUCUGCUCACACUACGAGCUGAAGGUUGAAGCGUGUGCAGUAAGGAAGAGUGUUUUCAGUCAUGACGAACCCUUAUGCACACACUAUUGAGCCUCUGGACCCCCAGAAGCCGGGCCACAAGUUCUUCAACCUCAGAAAGCUUAAAGACCCCAGAUAUGAGCAGCUGCCCUUCUCCGUCCGUGUGCUGCUGGAGUCUGCCGUCAGGAACUGCGAUCAAUUUCUGGUGAAGCAGGAUGAUGUGGAGAAGAUCCUCAACUGGAAGGUGACGCAGAGUCAGACAGUAGAGGUGCCAUUUAGACCAGCCCGCGUCAUCCUGCAGGACUUCACGGGUGUUCCUGCAGUGGUGGACUUCGCAGCCAUGCGUGAUGCGGUGAAAAAACUGCAGGGUGACCCGGAGAAGAUCAAUCCAGUGUGUCCUGCAGACCUCGUCAUCGAUCACUCCAUUCAGGUCGACUUCAACAGGAAGUCUGACAGCCUUCAGAAAAACCAAGAUCUCGAAUUUGAAAGGAACAGGGAACGUUUUGAGUUCUUAAAGUGGGGCUCUAAAGCGUUCAGGAACAUGCGGAUCAUUCCUCCGGGAUCAGGAAUCGUCCAUCAGGUCAAUCUGGAGUAUUUGGCCCGGGUGGUGUUUGACCAGGAUGGGUUUUAUUAUCCAGACAGUCUGGUGGGAACAGACUCUCACACCACCAUGAUUGAUGGGUUAGGAGUGUUGGGCUGGGGUGUUGGAGGUAUUGAGGCAGAAGCGGUCAUGUUGGGUCAGCCCAUCAGUAUGGUCCUGCCGGAGGUCAUCGGCUACAGACUGCUGGGGACGCCCGACAAAUACAUCACCUCCACUGACAUCGUCCUCACCGUCACCAAGCAUUUGCGGCAAGUUGGUGUGGUUGGGAAGUUUGUGGAGUUUUUCGGGCCCGGUGUUGCGCAGUUGUCCAUCGCUGACCGCGCCACCAUCGCCAACAUGUGCCCGGAGUAUGGAGCCACCGCUGCCUUCUUCCCUGUAGACCAGAUCAGCAUCCAGUACCUGAAGCAGACCGGGAGGGACAUGGAGAAGCUGAGUUACAUAGAGAAGUAUCUGAAAGCGGUGGGCAUGUUCAGAGACUACAGCAACACUGCCCAAGAUCCACAGUUUACUCAGGUUGUUGAGUUGGACCUCACUACAGUCGAGCCGUGCUGCAGCGGCCCUAAACGGCCACAUGACAGAGUGUCUGUAUCAGAGAUGAAAAAGGACUUUGAAACCUGUUUGGUGGCCAAGCAAGGCUUUAAGGGUUUCCAGGUUUCUCCUGACCGCUGUGAUGUCCGAGUGCCGUUCCAGUUUAAUGGAGCAGAAUACUCGCUCGCUCAUGGAUCUGUGGUGAUCGCAGCCAUCACCAGCUGCACCAACACCAGCAACCCGUCCGUCAUGCUGGGAGCAGGUCUCCUGGCCCAGAAGGCAGUUCAGGCUGGUCUGAGUGUGAAGCCGUAUAUAAAGACCAGUUUGUCUCCAGGAAGUGGCGUCGUCACGUACUAUCUGAAGGAGAGCGGAGUCAUGGACUUCCUGUCGCAGCUCGGUUUUGAGGUUGUGGGUUACGGCUGCAUGACUUGCAUUGGGAACAGUGGACCUCUGCCCGAGCCAGUCGUAGAGGCCAUCACUCAGGGUGAUUUAGUAGCUGCUGGAGUCCUGUCUGGAAACAGAAACUUUGAGGGUCGUGUUCAUCCAAACACUCGGGCCAAUUAUCUGGCUUCUCCUCCGUUGGUCAUUGCGUACGCCAUCGCCGGCACAGUGAGGAUAGACUUCGAGAAACAGCCUUUAGCUGUGAACUCGGAGGGAAAAGAGGUUUUCCUGCGGGACAUCUGGCCGACUCGGGAGGAGAUCCAGGCCGUGGAGAGACAGUUUGUCAUUCCUGCCAUGUUUAAGGAGGUCUAUGAGAAAGUUGAGAAAGUGAACGAACGCUGGAACUCACUGAAAGCCCCGUCUGACAAGCUGUACACCUGGGAUCCCAAUUCUACAUACAUAAAAUCCCCACCUUUCUUUGAUGGACUGACCCGGGAGCUCCCGACUCCCAAACCCAUAACAGAUGCGUAUGUGCUGCUCAAUUUGGGAGAUUCAGUGACCACAGACCACAUCUCUCCUGCUGGAAACAUCGCUCGCAACAGUUCUGCUGCACGCUACCUGACUAGCCGAGGACUCACAGCGAGAGAGUUUAACUCGUAUGGUUCCCGUCGGGGCAAUGAUGCAGUGAUGGCUCGAGGAACGUUCGCCAACAUCAGACUUUUUAACAAGUUUAUUAACAAGCAAUCACCGUCUACCAUCUAUCUGCCUACUGGAGAGACGUUGGAUGUGUUUGAUGCUGCAGAAAAGUAUCAUCAGGCUGGUCAUCCUCUGCUGAUUCUGGCUGGUAAAGAGUACGGUUCAGGAAGCUCCAGAGACUGGGCUGCCAAAGGGCCCUUCCUGCUGGGCAUCAAGGCAGUGCUGGCGGAGAGCUACGAGCGGAUUCACCGCAGUAAUCUGGUGGGCAUGGGUGUAAUUCCUCUGGAGUAUCUGCCGGGAGACUCGGCGGAGAGUUUGGGUCUCAGCGGACGCGAGCGCUACACUGUGAUGAUUCCCCCACAGCUCAAGCCCAGGAUGACUGUGGACAUCAAGUUGGACACAGGGAAAACAUUUCAGGCAAGGAUGAGGUUUGACACAGAUGUGGAGCUCACUUAUUUCCAUCACGGUGGCAUCCUCAACUACAUGAUUCGCAAGAUGUCUGAAAAUUAAGAUGAGAAAUGCACCUUCUUCCAGACGGUCCACGCUAAACGCACACAUCCACCAUCGAGAUGCUUGUUUUUGUCCUGUUGGGAUGAAACGAUUCACUGAACUCAAGAUUCGAUUCUCAAUGAUUCAAUUUUCAUACGUUUUUUUAUUUUACUAAAUCAGACUUGCAACAUUUUUAUUAGAUUAAGGAAAAAUGUGAAAUAAAAAGUGUUGCGAUUUAAGGUAAAAAGUAAAAUUCUGAGAAAUAAAUACUUUUUUUUUUGCCAUUUUAAGGAGAUAUAAGACAAAUUCUGAGAAAUAAAAAGUAACAAUAUAAAAAUAGUUGCAAUUUUGAGGAGAAAAGUCCUAUUUUGAGACUAAAAUGUCACAAAUAAAAACAAAUAGUUGCAUUUUUGAGGAGAAAAGUCCAAAAUUGAGCCAAAAAUAUAUGUAUUUUUUUGCCAUCUUAAAGAAAUCAGACAAAUUCUAAGGAAUAAAAAUUGCUAAUUAAAAAGUAGUUGCAAUUUUCAGAAGAAAAGUCAAUUUCUAAGGAAAAUAUAAUCUCAAAUAAAAACAACCCCUGCAUUUGAAUCAUGAUCCAAAUAAAAAUGCAGCUAACAUGAACGGUUUUUAAUCAAAAUAACUAUGUAUAAUUUUUCUAACUGAUGCAAAAACAUAAUGGUUUAUCUUCAGUUGUGCAAAACUACUGGCUUUCUACAUAAAAUAUCUGAAGGAAACGGCGGAUGCAGAGAGAGAGCUGGGAGUCGAUUCCAAUAAUUUCUGUGAACAGAUUCGGUGAUUCAGUGAAUUGGUUCCAAUAACCAUAUCCGCGAUUCACUCACAACGGCGUAUUUUCUAACAGCGUAGAGCUAAUAAUAUGACAAAGCUAUUUUAACUGUGUAAAUCUGAUUUAUUGACAACGGUUAUUUAAUAAAACCAUUUCAAGCCAUUUAACAUGGUUUUAAAUUUAGUUUUUUUGCAUUUGAAAUGUAAAACAAGAUUAAGGCAGAUUAGUAAUAACAAUCAUCAAUAAUUUUAAAUAAACACAAUUCAAAAGUGGAUAGUUUUGUCAUAUUGUUAGCUAUUGUUGGUUAAUUACAACAGUGAGGAAUCGAUUCUUAGAGUCGUAUCUAUUGAGCCGAUUCUUAUGAUUCUCGAAUCGAACAGCUCGAGGCGCUACUUCACUCUCUGCCAGCAGAUGGCGCUUUUGAACAGCAGUAAAAGUGUUACCUUGGUUGCUUUUGUAAACGAAGUAGGGCUGCUCUAAUCUAAAAUGUAUUAAGACUAAUUUAAUAUGUAUCAGAGGCGAGGUCAACUGUAAAUAAUCUUUUCUAAACACGUUCAGGUCAGUUCCCCUCAGAGAUCCAUUCAUAUAAACGGCUACUGCACGAUUUGUUUGGAAUCCGAAUCGAAUUGAAUCGUCACAAAUGAAUCUAUUUUCAUCCGGUUCGUGAAUCAUCAUUACAUCCCGACCUGUGAUUGUUUCUGUUUGCCUCUUAAAAAUCAACUCUUCAGGAUGAUGAUUAUGUUUGUGUUUGUUUAUGAUUGUUUUGUGGGGGUUUGGUGGGAUUUAAGGGGAAGAUUCAAAGCAUUAGAUGUUAAAAGCACUGUUUGACUAUCUCCAUCUAGGCAAACUGCAGUCCUGAACAUAAGUUUAUAAAUUAAUUAUCAUGUUAAUUACUGUACUUGAAGCAAUAGUUCUGUCAAAUAAUAUUUGCUGUUUGUUUACUCCCUCAUCAGGACAUCUAAGAGAAAAGUAUGAAUAUUCGCUAUGAAAUGAACUGUUCAUAAAAAGGAAAAAAGUUCAUAAUUCUGAGGUAAAAGUCAGAGCUUUUAAGAAAAAGAGGUUGCUAUUCUGAGAAAAAAAGACACAAAUUAAUAAAUAGUUGCAAUUUUGAGGAGAAAAGUCAAUUUCUAAGAAAAAAGUCACAAAUAAAAACAAAAUAGUUGCAAUUUUGAGGAGAAAAGUCCAAUUCUGAGAUAAAAUGUCAUAAAUAAAAAUAAAAUAAAUGCGUUUUUGAGGAGAAAAGUCCAAUUCUAAGAACAAAAUCUCAUAAAUCAAACAAAUAGUUCCAAUUUUGAAGAGAAAAGUAAUUUUUUUUAGAAAAAAUGUCACCAAUAAAAACAAAAUAGUUGCAGUUUUGAGGAGAAAAGUCAAAUUCUGAGAAAACAAGUCACAAAUAAAAACAAAAUAGUUGCAAUUUUGAGGAGAAAAGUCCAAUUCUGAGAUAAAAUGUCAUAAAUAAAAAUAAAAUAAAUGCGUUUUUGAGGAGAAAAGUCUAAUUCUGAGAACAAAAUCUCAUAAAUCAAAACAAAUAGUUCAAAUUUUGAAGAGAAAAGUCUUUUUUUUUUAGAAAAAAUGUCAAAUAAAAACAAAAUAGUUGCAGUUUUGAGGAGAAAAGUCCAAGUCUGAGUAAAAAAUGUGCAAUUGUCAGUGGAAAAGACAAACUCUGAGGAAAAACAAGUAACAAAUUAAAAAAAUAGUUCAAGCUUUGAGGAGAAAAAUACUCAACAUUUAACUUUUUUUCCUCAAAAUUGCAACUUUGAAUUUAUUUGUAUUUUUUGUUUUCUAAUAAUUUAGAAAACAAAAAAUACAAAUAAAUUCAAAAAGUUGCAAUUUUGAGGAAAAAAAGUUAAAUGUUGAGGAAAAAAUGCCCCAAUAUAAAAAAAGCAAAUAGUUGCAAUUUUGAGGAGAAAAGUCUAAUUCUGAGAUAAAAUGUCACUAAUAAAAACAAAAUAGUUGCAAUUUUGAGGAGAAAAGUCCAAUUCUGAGAUAAAAUGUCACCAAUAAAAACAAAAUAGUUGCAAUUUUGAGGAGAAAAGUCUAAUUCUGAGAUAAAAUGUCACCAAUAAAAACAAAAUAGUUGCAAUUUUGAGGAGAAAAGUCCAAUUCUGAGAUAAAAUGUCACCAAUAAAAACAAAAUAGUUGCAAUUUUGAGGAGAAAAGUCCAAUUCUGAGAUAAAAUGUCACCAAUAAAAACAAAAUAGUUGCAAUUUUGAGGAGAAAAGUCCAAUUCUGAGAUAAAAUGUCACCAAUAAAAACAAAAUAGUUGCAAUUUUGAGGAGAAAAGUCCAAUUCUGAGAUAAAAAUGUCACCAAUAAAAACAAAAUAGUUGCAAUUUUGAGGAGAAAAGUCCAAUUCUGAGAUAAAAUGUCACCAAUAAAAACAAAAUAGUUGCAAUUUUGAGGAGAAAAGUCCAAUUCUGAGAUAAAAUGUCAUAAAUAAAAAUAAAAUAAAUGCGUUUUUGAGGAGAAAAGUCCAAUUCUAAGAACAAAAUCUCAUAAAUCAAAACAAAUAGUUCCCAUUUUGAAGAGAAAAGUCAUUUUUUUAGAAAAAAUGUCAAAUAAAAACAAAAUAGUUGCAGUUUUGAGAAGAAAAGUCCAACUCUGAGUAAAAAAUGUGCAAUUGUCAGUGGAAAAGACAAACUCUGAGGAUAAACAGGUAACAAAUUAGAAAAAUAAUUCAAGCUUUGAGGAGAAAAGUCCAAUUAUAAGGAAACAGUUUGCAAUUAGAAAAUGUACUAACCAUUUUGGGAGGGAAAGUCACAUUUCCAGUUACGAAAAAAUACGUUAAAAAGUCAAAAUCAAUGUCAGAACAGUGAGAAAGCAAAUAAACUCACUGCUGAAAGAAAGUCACAAUAUUAUUAAUUUUUACUUCUGAAGAAAAAAAUGCACAAAUUUAGAAAUGAAUGUGGGAAAGUUAACAGCAGAUGUAUUUGUUUUGCAUGAUCUAUUUGUCAACUAAACUUAGAAAUGCAUUCCUAUCUGUACAUUUCCAUUCGACUGAAAUACUGAAGUAAAUGUGUUGCCCUCUGCUUAGUUUACAUCAAAUAAUGACGGGAAAAUCCUUUACAAGCUGUCGAAUAUGAACUUGAGAACAUUUAAAAGUGCCUACAUUUUCUCAUCGUUCACUUGUCAUUCCAGUUGUUAUUUUUGUGCGUGCAUUCCUGUUGAAACGUGACUUCAAAUCCAUCCAAAGUCGCAUGUUUCUGUUUUAUUAGUGAAAGCUUGCAGGUGCAAAGUUGCUGAUAUAAAACUGUGACGUUCUCAAAUGCUGCGUCAGAUGCUUUAUUAAAACUGCUGAUGCACAGAAAAGAUGGAAACACUGAAAAUAUCAACAUCUAAUAUGUAGUGCGUCAGAGAAAAGGUGUCAUUGUAGUGUAAUAUUCCACGUUGUUUAAAAUGAUAAUUAUUCCUGAUUUAUUAGACAUUUUAAAGUAUAUUAAUUCAUCAUUCCAGUGGAGAUCAGAGAGAAAACGCAUUUUAUAUUGAGUGAAAUACUCUGUGAAGGCAGAACCUGUACCAGAAUGUCGCUUUAAUAUAUCAAUGUCUUACUGAUUGUCCUUUAUUGUAAUAACUGCACAUUCAUAUCUGUAUUUUUGUUGAAACUGGCUUUAAAAACAAUAAAUAUUUACUGUAAAUGUA